AUGGCUGAUGAUACGGCCAUGGAUGUCGACCCGCAACAGGGCGUCUUCUCGUCCGUCACCUUUACCGCCAUCCCCUCCGCAAACCUGCCGCCGGACCGCGUCGACCAGCUUCGACGCAUCUUGGAGGACAAUGGCGCUGCUUACCGCUCGUUGAACCCGAAAACACAGCGCGUCGAUAACAUCACCGACUUCACCCACAUCAUUGCUACCACCUCCGACUUUCCCGACUACCCGCUUGCGCUCGACCACUUCGUCCACGUUGUCAAGCCACAAUGGAUUGACGACAGCCUCCGCCGUGGGAAGCCUGUCAAUCCGCGCGCCCACAGCCCAGACCCAUGCCUGUUCAUGUCCGACGUCAUUGUAACAUGCGCCGCCGACAUUCCCGAAGGAGACACCGAGGCCAUCAUGGGCGGCGUCCUCGCCAUGGGCGGCCAAUACUCAAGCGCUAUCACCAAGAUGACCACCCACCUUGUCGCCUUGGCUCUGGACGAUGACAAGUGUGCCCUCGUUCAGGCCAAGAACCUCAAGUGCAAGAUUGUCCUACCGCACUGGUUCGACGACUGCCUCAAACUGGGCAAGAAGAUUGUCGAGGCGCCCUACCAGCUACCGAAUCCGCCCAUUCUCUCGCGCGACCCCAGUCUCCCCAUUGCUCAUUAUCCCAGCGAGGCCAUCAAAGACGCCACCAACCCAGAUCCUCAGACGCUGCCAAGUCCGGUCAGCCUCUCGUCUCCAAACAUCCCGCGAUCCCUGCAAGUCUUCUCAGGUAGAAAAAUACUGCUUUCGCCUGAUCUGAACAUUGGUCCGCGCAUACGGACCACCAUCGAGGAGCUCGUGAAAGCUGGUGGUGGCGCCAUUGUAAACCAUGUUAAUCGGGCUGAUAUAUACGUUUGUCCAUACCGUGACGGAGAUGACUACAUAAGCGCGUCCCAAGCUGGAAAAGACGUCGGCAAUCUCUCUUGGUUGUACUAUCUCAUUACCUACGACCUUUGGACGUCACCCAUGCGGCGCCUCCUGCAUUAUCCGGUUCCACGCAAUGGAGUUCCAGGGUUCGAAAAGUAUAAGAUCAGCAUCUCAAACUACGUUGGCGAAGCCAGAGUUUACCUCGAAAGCCUGGCGAAAGCCUGCGGCGCUACAUUCACAAGGACUUUCAAACAGGAAAACACCCACUUGGUGACGGCUCAUUCGCAAAGCGAAAAGUGCCAUGCUGCGCAAGAAUGGGGCAUCCAUUUGGUGAACCACAUGUGGCUCGAAGAAAGCUACGCCAAGUGCAAAGAGCAAUCCCUAACGAAUCCGCGAUAUACCCAUUUUCCCGCCCGUACAAACCUUGGCGAGGUCGUGGGUCAGACGCAAAUCGAUCGAGACGCUGUUGAGAAGUAUUUUUUCAAACCAGCAAAUGCAGGCACAGCCAAGAGGAAUGCUCAUGAUCCCAAAGGAGGGAAAACGGAGCAGCUGGACACGCUUACAGACAAGGACGCUGUCAGUUCACGGCUGGCCCACAAAAGUGCGGGCGAGGAGUUAUCGGCACAGACGACACCCUUGGUGAAUAAGGCUAAGCGCGGCAGGAGUGGCGGCACCAACACCGGCUCCUCUGGACGGGUUGGGGAUGAGAAGGAGAACGACACUCCAUCGACAGGCCGAGGCGCGAAGAGUAAGGCCUUGUCGAAGCUUCAUGAUCUCGCUCCGGACAUUGCGCAGUACGAGAAGGAGAGCAAAAGAAGAGGCGGCGUCAUAUAUGGAGGCAAAAGAAUCAAGGACGAUGCUGAGAACAACAGUAAAACCAAAGAGACACUUGCAGCAAAAAGGUCGCUGGAAGACGAAGACGAUGACGAUGAGGGUGAUUCUGUCGAGAGGGGCGCGAAACGUAAGGCUAAGAAAGCGAAAGCUGAGGAUUCGGGGACCGGCCACUUUUUGAUGCUGUCUGGAGACAAUCGAUGGGUGGAGAAGACGAAGAAAGAGGCUGAUGACCGGAACAAACUCCGCGCGUUAGGCAUCCAAGUCACACAAGACCCCGAGUUGGUCACAAUCCUUUGUGCACCAAAGAUUGUCAGAACGAAAAAGUUUGUCGCGGCCCUAUCGAAUGCCCCGGCAGUUGUCUCAACCAAAUUCUUGGAUUAUUGUCUAAAGGAAAGGAAGGUCCCUGCGCCCGAGAAGUUCUUGCUCAGUGACAAGGAGGGCGAGAGACGCCAAGGGAUCAAACUCACCGAAUCGAUUGCAAGAGCCGAGCAGAACCGGCGACAUCUGUUGAGCGGAUGGCACAUAUUUGUGACGGAGAAGGUCAACGGCGGGUUCGAAACGUACAGGGACAUCAUCACUGCGAACGGGGGUAGCUGUCUGCUCUGGAAAGGUAGGCCAACAACUGUGCCGAAGCGCAGACAGGCCAGGCUCGAUGCCGAAGGGGACACGGCCAUGAAUUCGGAACCAGUAUCGGACGACGGGCUGGAGGUGAAUCGUGCCAACGAUGAGGGCGACAUACUGUAUCUCAUCUCCAGCACGGAAGCAGACGACGUCAAGCUCUGGCCAAAGUUCCGCGACCUGGCAAGGAAAGCAGACAUGAAGCCGCGUAUCGUCAAGCCUGACUGGAUCCUUUUUGUGGCCAUGGCACAGAUGAUCAACUUUGACGAUCGAUGGGAGCUCAAUGACAACGAUGCUGCAAAUACAAAGGGUGCGAAGCGCUGA